AACUAUAAUUAAGGGAAUAAAGCAUCAAUUUAACGUUUUAAUGUACGUGGCUCCUCUACGUCAUUGUUUUUAGCCAUUUUUUCUUCUAAAAAAGAUGACACCCCAUCCCUGAGGGCCCCCAACACCAACCGAACGACACGAUGUGAUGAUGUAAAUUGGACUGUAAUCACAAUCUGACAGAUAGAGAGUGGGGUUCCGUCUCCGGUACUUGCAGAGGCCCUAUACAUUUUUAGCAUAAUAACCACUCAUCGCGGUUGCCGGGAUUUGAACCCGGGACCUAACUCUUGUGACACUCAUUCGCUACCAGUUGAGCUACACCCACCGGUAAGACAUUUUUCCUUGUGGCGUGUUUGGACGUUGAUUGCUUACUCUCGAUGAAAGGGAAUUAUUGAAGGAGACCACUGUUUUAUACUUCGUAUUCUGUGGGGUUAAAACUUCAAAGGAUCAUAGGUAGGUAGCAUUCAAGACGUUAACAAUUGGAUAAAAUAUUCUGAUACCAUGUAAAAUUUCAACUAGGAAAGAUACCCUUACCUAUUACCGGUCUACUGAAGAGAGAAAAAAGAGAGGAUUAUUAUACUAAUCUAGACAUAACACCGCAAAUUAAGGGAAAGAUAAUGCCAAUGUGAAUGCCAAACAGUCCAUGCGGUGGCCGGCGUGAAAAGGGCAAAAGAAUAUAAAAAUAAAAAACGAGUAAUUAAGCUCCGGCCGAGAUGACUCUACCGAUACAGAAAGCAACUUGCCGCCGGAGUGCACGUCGUCGGAAACAUUAUAAAACUUCGUCGUCCGCCGUGAUCAGCGUGUAUGUGUGUAAUCCUACUAUACGGCGUACGGCGUGCUUGUCAAUUGUCAGCACCAAAUUAACUAAGAAAACGAUGUGGUCAGAACAUGUAAUUGUUUGUCUCAUUUCCCGCCGAUGAAGACGAAGAGGAUCCUCUGUGACUGUUUGCCGGGAAUGAAAGACCUCCGGCGAGAAGGUCGUCGGCGCUAGAGAUCCCAAUACCCGAAAUGUUUCCGUUAUUGGGAGAGGCGGAGAACAUGAAGUGUCCGCUCUGCGACGGCUGAUACUGCAAGUGAUACCCGCUGUUGGCCCUCGCCGGAGCCGGGUUGAGAAGCUGAGGAUGGCGGGGGAUACUGCUCCCCAACCCGAACCCGAAAUUCAUGCCCGACCCGGGAUGCAGAAACGGGUAGUGACCCGCCUGCUGCGCCGCCAGGGCAGGCCCGCCGGUGAACUGCUGCACCAUGGCGCGGAAGUUGGACGCGUCGGUGUUGAGAACCGUCGUCGGAGUUCUCCUGGAAGCUCGGGUCCUUCUGCGCACCGCCGGCUUCGAAACCCGGCCCUCGGGGCUCAGCCUGCCGCCAAGAGAGUGCGGUGCGGUAGGGGAAGUCACGGUGGUGGUGACCACCGUGGCGUCGGAAACCCGGCCGUCGCCGCCGAAAAGAUUGGUCAAGGGGUCCUGACACGACGGCGUUAAGCUGUGCUGAUAGAAUUGAGCCCAGUCGCUUGGGCCCACCGGCAUGGUUUCACUCAGGGCCAUUACAGAACAGAUUAUUGGUGUUAUGGUAUAAGGAAUUAAGGAGUGUGUUAAUUAAACUAGUGAUGAAUUGAAGAAGGAAGGAAGAAAAGAUU